UUAACCUCAUUUGGGUUACGAGGUCCCGCGGUGUCAGUCUGGGUCACACCCUUUGAAACGAAAUUGGUAAAGCAAGGCUGAAGAAAGAUGUCUCGAGUCCCAAAACAACAGCUUCCAAAGGCGCUGCUAAUUCUCAUUUGUUGAUAGCAGCCCUUGAGAGGGGAAGUUAAAGAGAGAGAAAAAAAAAAAAGUUUUGCUAAACUUUAUGGCACAGCUUAGGGGAGGGGAAAAAUUGCAAACCUUUUUUUUUUCGUUGUGUGGGGGUGUGGACAUUGUUUUACAGAUCUUUUUUUUAACAAGACGUCAGCGAAAGGCGGAAAAGAAGUUUGAAAAAAUAUAUAUUCUGGGAACUUGACAUCAACUGUGGAAAUAGGAAAUAAAGAGGGCGAUUCUGAUUUUGUUUGGGUAGGAGGGAUGGCCAGUGUCUUUUGUAGAAAAACAGGGUGUCUCUAUACUGCUACAGCCACUAUGGACUCCUUAGACGGCGGUCAAAACAGGAAUAAAUUUAGCGUCAGUCACCUUCUGGACUUGGAAGAGGUGACCGGAGUGAAUGGAAUAAGGGAGCCCGGCGAAGGGGUGAGGGAAGUCGGGAAGGGGCUGCAGGAACAGUCUGGGUUAAGCAGUGGGAGUGAGACAGCCUUGCAGGACACGGAGAGUCCGAGUCCCAGCGAGAGCCUGGCGAAGAGGAAGAAGAAGCAGAGGCGGAGCCGCACCACGUUCAACAGCAGCCAGCUGCAGGCGCUGGAGAGAGUAUUUGAGAGGACGCACUACCCCGACGCCUUCGUGAGAGAGGAACUGGCGCGCAGGGUCAACCUCAGCGAGGCCAGAGUGCAGGUCUGGUUCCAGAACAGAAGGGCGAAGUUCCGUCGGAAUGAGCGGGCGGUCCUUGCCAGUCGCUCAGCCAACCUCCUUAAAUCGUACAGCCAAGAAGUGGUGAUGGAGCAGCCAGUUGCCCCGCGGCCCGCCCCCCUCAGCCCAGACUAUCUGUCCUGGUCCUCAGCUUCAACAUACAGCACUGUGCCUUCUUACACUUCAUCCAGCACUUCCUCCACGGGUCAUGGGGUCAGCAUGGCCAAUAGCAUCGCCAGCCUGAGACUAAAGGCCAAAGAGUUCAGCCUGCAUCAGAGCCAGGUGCCCACAGCCAACUGAGCCUCCGGGAGAGCCCAGAGCCAGGACUAGAGACUAAAAAGACUUUGCCAAAAGAACUGGACUGGGGGUCUGCGACCAUUGAUCCGGGCAGAGGGGCAUUUCAUCCACUGCUCGCGUGCGGUUCUGUUUCCUCCCAGUGCGUUUCUAUCACACGGUAUUAUGACAUACCCUGCAGGCACAAUGGAGCUCUCUUGCAGUAUUAAAACUGUUUAUUUUUUUAAUUUUGAUUUUGUCUGUGGCUAUUGAUGUAAAAAUAAAUGUAAAAAAAGAUGAAGGAAAUGCAAAGAGAACCUGAAAGAUUGAUUGCCUUAGAAGAAUGUUUUUGGGCUGUUUCGAGUUGUACUUUAAUAUUUUUGUGAAUUGUAAGUUUCCUACUAAUAGCUGACUAUAGCAGCUGACAGCAAUAGACAGAUAUUCUAAAACAAUGGUCCAGAGAUCUGAGACAAGAUUGUUCAUAAUUUGGUGUCACUGCUGAUCAAGUGGGUAUUUCAAAAUCUGUUCAAUCUGGUAUCCCGUGAGGAUAUUUCAAAACAUUCACUGGGAAGGAACUGUUUUUAAAUUGCGCUUUAUUUGGUCUGACAUUAGGAAUGAGAAUCAGCCCAUGGAAAUCCCCAAGUCCUGGUUUAGACCAGCUGGUCUUCAAACAGGCUGAUGGUUCAUUAAGAUCCACUGUCACAUUUCCAGAUCCAAAGAAAGAGCCAGGUUAUUAAAUGCUGGGUCUCGUUUCAAAUGAUCCCUGCUCACCUCCCUCCUCGACUGAUUAACAAAAACACGCUGUCACUGGCUGUCAACGCACAAGAACGCUAUGAAAGCCUAGGCACUGAAUCUGUGGACCACAGAGCACAAUGAGCCUCUAAUUGUAAUUGUGCUUCGUGUUUGUACAAUUCUGUUUCUUGUAACAAGAUCUGCAGGCAGUUGUGCAUGUUUGCAUCCACCCCCACCCCCCACCCACCCCUGUCCUAUUUUUUUUUUGUAAAAUAAACGUUUGUGAAAUAUCAAGGAAGCAAAUAUUUAACUGAGUUCCACAUCGUCUAGACAAGACAACAGGCCGAUCAAAGCCCUUCUGCAUACCUAAACUUCCAUGAAGAAUGAGCACAUUGUACUGGCUGCUCAGCGGCGCUUCAUGGAGCUUGGAUCAGAGAACAGAACCAUCACCGUACUGAAUGAUGUGUAGCUCCGACGAGGAUUCACUUUUCCACUGUCUCAGACACUUAUUUACAGGACUUGCCCGAGUGCCCAUUUUUGAACUGACUGCUAUUGUGUUGGUUUCAUUUGUCAUCAUCUCAGCCCAAUCUCUCUUGUGUGUGAUUUUUUUUUUUUUUUUUAUCCAUAGCACACUUGAUUCUGAAUUUCCAUCAGGAAACUUUCUUGCUGUUCAUGUAAACUAUUACCCGCAGAAUAUACAGUGUUAUGUUUUGAGUUUUGCUGGAGUGUGUAAAUAAAUGUAAUUGGACCUACCCAGACGCCAACAGCCAGUAUUACAACACCCAGCCACUAGAUGGCACUAUAGUAUGUGUAUGUGCUAUGCUGAACUUAUUAUUAAAAGUAAACUUUUUCACAAUUACCCAGAUAGUGCAUUCUGAGUUCUGAAGGGCACAUGAACCUGGUGAUUGAUGCCCAUCUCUGUCUCCCACUAGUAAGUACUGUUUCACCUGGACCUCAUAUUGCUGUGCAAAUGUAUGAAUUGAUAGGUUUGUGGUAGCCCAGUAUAUCCACACUGGUGCACAU